AUGGCCGCAUUUGAUCCAAUCGAGUUCUUUGGCAUUGGACACAGCCGAGAUAAUUCCAUCGCUUCCCACGCGAGGUCCCCCAGCCAGAGCACGAUCAGCCUGUCGUCCGUAGGCUUUCCGUCCCACCAAGCACUGCAUACGAGGCAGGUUGAACAACACACAUCCUACACUGACAUUCUUCCUAAUCCGCGGUCGCCGGGCCACGCCUUUACCAGCAUCACCCCAGAAGACUCACUCGACGGCGCCGCCAUCGCCCUCGACAACGACUCGCCACCGGCCUCUCCGGAUGUCUCCACCAACUCGAGCUGGGCAUCGAACACGGACCGGCCCUUCGCCGUCGGGCGAUACGUCCACAGCCACGAGCGCCACGAGGCACUGCUGCUGGCUAUC